UGUCUCCGCCAUAUUGAAUUGCUCAGGAACAUACUAUUGCACAGAAGUGAUCACAGUCUUUAAUCGAAGACCGGUUCUAAAAUUCAUGUUGAUAUAUAAUUAUUUUUUUUACUUAAUUAGCGUUUUUAAGUUAAGUCUGAUUUGUAGUGUUUGCUGUAUAGAGAGCAAUGGGGAAGAGGUAUUACUGCGACUACUGUGACCGCAGUUUUCAAGACAACCUGCAUAACAGAAAGAAACACCUAAACGGCGUCCAGCAUCACCGGGCGAAAAAAGCCUGGUUUGACAACUUCAGAGACGCCGCCACAGUUUUAAAUGAAGAGCGGUCAAAGGAGCCCUGCAGAAAGUUUCUCCAGACAGGACAAUGCGUAUUUGGUACAAGCUGUCGUUUUUCACACAUGUCUGAGAGACAUAUGAAGAUGUUGGAGCAAAAUAUUGAUGAUGAAAAGCGGCAGAAGGAAGACCCUGAUCAAGAUGGAUCAUCUAAUGAGCGCAGCAUUGAUGAAUGGCUCUCCAGAAGAGAGAAGAAACUGGCUGCUUUGACAUCAGGAAGAGUUUUAAAGAUUGAAGAGGAAGAAUGUGCUGAAAACAUUGAGAUACCUCCGUAUUUGCUGUCUAUUCCAGAUCUUCCUCCAUCUCUUCAUCCCCCACCAACUGGUGGUUGGAGAGUGACACUACACAAUGAAUGGGGUUGAAAUGUAAUUUAUAAAAGUACUUUU